AAGUCAAGUAGGGCUUUAGUGCCGAAAACUAAGUUCGUGAGAAAUCAUAUUACAAAUCGAAAUGCUAACAAAAGUCUUCUAAACAAAAAUAUAUGCUUAGGUAUCUUAUUAAAAAAUACUUGCAAUCAUGUCGAAAAUAAAAUAUAAAUUACUACAUAAUAAUGCAUACAAAGCGCAAAAAAUUCAAUCGAAAUAUAUAAUAAUAUUUUGUAUGAUCAUUUUUAUACUACACUUGCUUUAUUGGCAAUCCUCUAGCGACAUAGACAACAUUAAUUUUGUGGAUAACAGUGCAAAAGUUAAUAAUAAAAAAUUACAAAAAUCAAUCCCAGCAGCAAUAACCGAAGCGACAUCAUCAGCAAUAACAAGAUUUUCAACAAAGUCCUCAUCACCAACACAAGAGCUGCAAAAAUAUUUUAUUUAUACUUCGCAAUGUCGUGUGCCAUUUGUGGAUCCUUUCGAAAAAGGUGUGUCGGAACUCUUCAAUCGACGAGAUUUUAACUACACCAGUUGUACAAACGACGAAUCAUUCAUAACACUCAACUAUCAGCUAAACGCACGACAAUACUUUCUACAUAUGAAUGUGGAGGCCAUUGAACGAGCUGUUAAACCUCUAAAUGCCAGCGCUAUGGAUGUCGGCUGUUGUUAUCGGCAAAUUGUGCGAAGUGGCAGCGGUGGAAAUGCUGAUAAUGAAUUUGAGAUACUGCCAUGCUCUACAUUUCAUCAGGAUUUUAUGGUGCCUCUACACAUUGAGUAUAUAAUUACCGAAUGUUCAUUGAGCAAGGAUGCAAAUACUACCAUCAUUCAAAAGGAUGCUUUCUCAUUCGUUCAACAAAAAAAUAACAGUGCCACUAACUCGAGUGAUAAGCACACAACAAGCUCACGCAAGAAGCCCAAUGUAUUAUUAUUGGGCAUAGAUAGUGUUUCCCGUAUAAACUUACGACGUACCAUGCCGGAGACCUUUAAACAUUUGCAGAUGAAUAAUUGGUUCGAGUUACAAGGCUAUAAUAAAAUAGGCGAUAAUACUUUCCCCAAUUUGCUGGCUGUGUUAACUUCGUACAAUUUAACCACAGGUGAAGAAAAAUGUCGCCCAACAACUGUGGGUGGUUUGAAUGACCCAAUUUGUAAUUUAAUUUGGAAUAAUUUUAAAAAUUACGGUUAUAAAACAGCAUAUGCAGAAGAUUGUAAUGGCAUGAGUACAUUUAAUUAUAUAAAAUGCGGUUUUCUUCAACAGCCGACCGAUUAUUACCUCAGGCCCAUGUUGAUGGCCCUCACCAGAAAUUUAGAUAUUGUGGAAGAGGCCGGUCUGGAAUAUUGUGUUGGUCGUAAACAUCAUGCUGAAUAUGUGUUUGAUUUAAUGCUACAAUUUGGGAAUAUUUUUCCUGCGGAUCCGCUUUUUGGACUAUUCUGGGCCAACUCAUUUAGUCAUAAUGCGUUUGAGAUGCCAGCAACAAUGGAUACGAAAAUAUUGGAAUAUCUUACGAGAAUGAAGAGUGACGGCAUUCUGGAACGUUCAAUCGUGAUAUUUUUUUCAGACCAUGGAAUGCGUUGGGGCUCAUUACUAUGGUUAAAAUCUGGAUUUUUAGAAGAACGAUUACCCACAAUGUUUAUAUCGAUACCGUCGUGGUAUCAAAACGAACAUCCGGAUUUUAUGAGAAACCUACAAAUAAAUCAGCGGCGUUUGACAUCGCCAUACGACAUUUAUGCGACCAUGAGACAUAUACUUGAGGUGGCCGAACCGGAAAACGAAUUUCCUUACCUAAAUGGCACCAUACGUGGAGCUAGCAUUUUUCGUGAAAUACCAGAGAAUCGCAACUGCAAUGAUGCCGGCAUUCCGGAGCAUUGGUGUACUUGCGUACCAUACGAAACAGUAGAUAAAAAUGAUGAACUCAUAAGUAAUAUUACCAGCCUGGUGUUUAAGGAAAUCAAUCAAUAUUUGGUUAAUAAAAAUAUUAGCGAUAAAUGCGCUAAUUUGACUUUAAAAUAUUUAAAUUCAGCUGAAUUGAAGAUGUUUGAUGUACCAAAUCAGUCAACGUACCGACUCACCUUCGAAGCACUGCCAAAAGAGCCGUCAUUUCAAGCGACAGCUAUUUACAAUAUGAAUUCAAAGGCGAUCUCGAUCAAUGUUGAAGAUAUAUCUCGACUUGAUUCAUAUGAAAGCACCGCAGGCUGUAUUAAUUUAAAAGAGGCUAAGAAAUAUUGCAUUUGCAAAGAAUGAUAAUGUUCAUAUGUAUAUUUUAAAUUUAAUUUUAAUUUUAGUAUAAAUUUUGACUAUUAUAAGCGUAGGUAAUACUAUGUUGAAACAGAUCACUCAACGAAAACGAAUUAUCAUUAAACAUAAUCUGUGAUAAGAAAUAGUAUUAUGGCAUUGUCGAUAAUGUUUGAAACAAAAGUACUUAAAAGACAAAGAAUGAUGGAUUAACAUACUUUAAGUAUUAAUAAAAGGUAAUAAAAUUACAUAUACAAUAUACAUAUGUAUUGUGUGAUUUAAGUUAAGAAUUAUUUAAAUUUUAUUAGAAAUACUUGUUCAUAUAUGUAUAUAUUUUCAUUCCAUAUAAAAAUAAAAAUAAUAAAUGAAAUAAUAUUUGGUCUAAUUGAAGUUUUAACACGAAAAAAGUUCGAAGUUAUAAUACAUUUCACAAAUAAAAAAAGUUUCUUGAAAAUACUAUACCAUAGUGAUCCAACAUCGGCGUUUCCGACACAUACUUCUUAGGGAAAAAAUUACGAAUGCGACGACUGUUUAUUUGAUGACAGGAGAUAUUCGUCUUGCUCUCGUUCAUUACUAAAUAGAAGAAAGUGACAAAAUGAUUCCAAGUCGCAUUCCUGCAUACAUUCGGCAAAAGGCGUACAAAAAAAUUUUGCCGCGGAACGGGUGAACCUCUUGAACAAUGUCCAAUCAGAGCACCUAAAUUGCGGCGAGAUUGAUUUUGCUAACAACCAAAAGUUCAAUUAUCGGAGUAAUCUAGAGUAACGUUUCGAUAGCGGAUUAAUAGUGUGAAGCUUCAAAAAACAUUUUUUAAAGUCAAAUUUGAAAUAUCUUCUAGUAAAUCGACAAGCUGGAUGAGCUGGACUGAUUUUCGUAUUCGUGACUGAGACGAAAUUUAGCAAAUUAGUAUUUGACCGUUGAGUAAGCUAG